CAGUAGUAGUUGUAGUUGUAGUAGUAGUGUAUUAGCCUCCAGUCAGAGCAGUAUGAGUAAGGAACUGUCUCUAAGUCAGUCAGCUCAAUAUGUUGGGCCCUACCGACUGGAAAAAACACUGGGGAAGGGGCAGACAGGGCUGGUCAAGCUCGGGGUCCACUGUAUUACGGGUCAGAAGGUAGCGAUCAAAAUAGUCAACAGAGAGAAGCUGUCUGAGUCAGUCCUGAUGAAGGUUGAGAGGGAGAUUGCCAUUCUGAAGCUGAUCGAGCAUCCGCAUGUGCUGAAGCUGCAUGAUGUUUACGAGAAUAACAAAUAUCUGUACCUGGUGUUGGAGCAUGUGUCGGGCGGAGAGUUGUUUGAUUACCUGGUGAAGAAGGGCCGGCUGACUCCAAAAGAGGCCAGGAAGUUCUUCAGGCAGAUCAUCUCUGCUUUGGAUUUCUGCCACAGUCAUUCCAUCUGUCACAGAGACCUGAAGCCCGAGAACCUUCUCCUGGAUGAGAAGAACAACAUCCGUAUCGCUGAUUUUGGCAUGGCCUCCCUACAGGUGGGAGACAGUCUGUUAGAGACCAGCUGUGGAUCACCACAUUAUGCUUGCCCUGAAGUUAUACGGGGGGAGAAAUAUGAUGGGCGGAGAGCAGAUGUGUGGAGCUGUGGGGUCAUCCUCUUUGCUCUGCUGGUGGGUGCCCUGCCUUUUGACCAUGACAAUUUACGCCAGCUCCUGGAGAAGGUGAAGAGCGGGGUGUUUCACAUGCCCCACUUCAUCCCCCCAGACUGCCAGUCCCUGCUCAAGGGCAUGAUUGAGGUCAACCCUGAAAAGAGGCUCACGCUAGAGGUCAUCCAGAAACAUGCCUGGUAUCUGGGUGGUCGUAACGAGCCGUGUCCCGAGCAGCCUCCGCCCAGGCGAGUGUGUGUGAGGCGAAUCCUGUCCCUGACUGAGCUGGACCCAGAUGUGUUGGACAGCAUGCACUCGCUGGGAUGCUUCCGAGACCGAGUCAAGCUCACACGUGAUUUGCAAUGUGAAGAAGAAAACCAGGAGAAGAUGAUCUAUUACCUACUGCUGGACAGGAAAGAGCGCUACCCAAGCUAUGAGGACGAGGACUUGCCUCCGCGCAAUGACGUAGCUCAAUGGUGUUGUUCCUCAGCAGACCCUCCUCGAAAGCGUGUCGACUCUCCUAUGCUGACGCGCCACGGCCGCUGUCGCCCUGAGAGGAAAAGCCUGGAGGUGCUGAGUGUUACUGAACAGGGGUCUCCUACCCCGCCUCGCAGGGCCUUGGACACAGCUGCACACAGCCAGAGGUCUCGCUCCGUCAGUGGAGCAUCAACUGGUCUCUCCUCCAGCCCUCUCAGCAGUCCCAGGUCCUAUCAGAGCCCCGUCUUCACUUUCAGCCAAUCAGACGUCACCUCUGCCACCGCUACCCCCCUCACAAAGGAGCCCAAACAGGGAAGCACCACCACUCCUCGCUCAGCACGGGCUCAUGACAAGCCCAAAGCUCCCCCCAACCCAAAGACCCAGACCCUGCCCACCAAGGGACCCGCCGACCGACCCCACCUGCAGCCCAUCAAAUCCCUGCCUCUGCACAACCCAUCCUCCCGCUCACCCUCCCCUUCUCCGCUGCUGUCACCCAUCCCCCGUUUCUUCUUCCCCUCGUCCUCUGUCCUAAAGUCAGUGACUAAGAGCUUCUACCCAAACUCUGCCCACUCUGUGCCGCAGGUCACUCCCCAAGGCUCUCCGUUGCCCACACCCUUGGGCACCCCUGUCCACCACCCUCACCACCCUUCCUCCACCCCGCCCUCCUCUUCCUCGUCCUCGUCCUCCUCGCGGGCGGAGGGAGGGGGAGGGGUGGGCUCGCUGUCACUGACUCCGCCCUCAAGUCCAGGAGGGGGAAGUGGCAUGGCGGCCAGCAGCUCCGCCCACUGGAGGACUCGCCUCAAUUCUUUCAAGAACAACCUGUUGGGCUCGCCCCGUUUCCAUCGCCGUAAACUGCAAGUUCCCACAUCAGAAGACAUGUCCAGUCUAACACCAGAGUCCAGCCCUGAGCUGGCUAAGAAGUCAUGGUUUGGGAACUUCAUCGGCUUGGAAAAAGAGGAGCAGAUCUUUGUGGUGAUCAGAGACAAACCUCUGAGUUCUGUCAAAGCUGACAUUGUCCACGCCUUCCUGUCUAUCCCAUCGCUCAGCCACAGCGUCCUCUCCCAGACCAGCUUCCGGGCCGAGUACAAAUCCUCCGGCGGCCCUUCCGUCUUCCAGAAGCCCGUCAAGUUUCAGGUGGACAUUGCUUUCUCCGAAGGAGAGAGGGAGCGGGACAGGGAGAGGACCGAGAGGGAGGGCAGGAGAGAGACAGGAAUCUACAGCGUGACAUUCACCCUCAUAUCAGGUCCGAGUCGCAGGUUCAGGCGAGUGGUGGAAACGAUUCAAGCUCAGCUUCUCAGCUCCCAUGAUCAACCCAUGGUGCAAGCCCUAUCUGAUCCCUUCCCAGAUGAGAAGAACGGCCGGCCCCACGGGACCCCCACCCGCCAAAACUCGAGGCGCUCCGAGGGUGGGGGCGACAGGUGUGAGUGGGGCGACCGAGCAGAUGGCGGAGGCAUAGGAGGCAGCGGGGGAGUUCUGCAGCGCAGAGGCUCAGCAAAAGAGAGAACCCGACUGCUGUCCUCCAACGGAACCCAAUCCCAACCGUAGGAUAGAGAGCUAGACCGCGCAGCAGGAUGCCUGAACCACACCGGAAAGAAGACAGUGUAACUUCAUCUCCAAGUAUCCCUGCAAGCCAUGAGCUACUCCUAUUCUUCCUUGACUAAGUUAUUGAAGGUGCUUGACCAUAGCAAGGAUUGAGCCUGUUUUCCCCCCAGUCAUGCUUUUAUUUUUUCCAACUCAGCGUUCUUUUUAACGUUUGGAUCACUCGGAUUCCUUCCCUUAAAUGAGAAAGAAGUGUUAAGGAAUCACCCUUUAAUGAAAAAAAAAAUAUUAAUAUGUGAAUGAGCAGUUUGGUAUCCAUCAUAGAUACAGCUUCACAGAUCAAACUAGGAAUUUUGAAGUGCUAAUGUGCAUGCCAGUUAGCAAAUCAGCCUGCUAAAGGAUGCUGACAUGAUCAGAUAGGCUAGUCUCUACCAUAUCAUUGUAAUACAGUAUCUGACACCAAAAAGAAAUAACAAGUCUUGCGACAGUUCUCAAGAUUUACUCUUCAAAUUAACCAGUGCGCUCAUAUCAUUAUCAAGCAACAUGCAAUUACCAGACCAUACUGAAAGAAAUAUAGAUGUAUCUCUCAGCAGAUGAACCCUAAGAGUUAGCAACCUGCUACCACUUCAGCAAGUGGAACAAAAGGUCCUGAUUUUCUCAGGAGAAACGACAUCCUGGACGUCCAGCAGUUUCUUCUCCUGAGGUAAAGAAAACCAAGAAAGUAAGCUAAGUAAGUGAAUGUGAAAAAAAGAUAUUUUUUUAUUUAGUUUUUAUUUAUGUUUACAUUUUUCUUUUGAGGAUGUCAGUAGCACAGUGACAGCAGUAAAGGCAGUAACUGGAAACACUCUGCAGUGUCGGAGAAAGAGGGGAAAGCUGACCAGUUCCUUGUUUUUUUAACAGGCGUUUGUUUGAAGUUUUGAUCUGUUUUGUAUUUUCAUUUUACUCAGAGACAAUAUGAAGCAAUGCACCUAAGAUUUUUCGCAUUGGACCCCUUGUUGCUCUGAAGAAAAGUAUUUUUGAUUUUAAACAGAAAUAUGAACAUUACUAUAUGAAAAAAACACAAAAAAAACACUAUGCGUGAAUAGUUCCAUGAACCUCAUCACAGCUGUUUGUGCCCAGAUUGAAUGAGAAGAGCAUUCCUGGCCUGUGGAUCAAACAGAAGCCACCUUUCUUGUCGAGCUUGUCUCCUAUUGCCAUAGUAUUCACCUACUGACUCGGAACAACAUAAAAAACUUAAACAAAAAAAUACCAACACAAAGAAAUCCAUCAAUGGACAUUUUCAUAAUGCCGGACUUGAAAAGGCUUGCGAUGUCAAUUUCUUGUUAAACAGGACUUCAAAAUGGGAAGCAAGCAAAGAGCCUCCAAACUCCCCCCACGUGCUCCUCACUUCAGUGUUCACCAACAAGCCAAGUAGUCCAUCACUGCGCCCACGCUCGUCACUGAGAGUCGCACCAUCCUGCAAGCAGACGUAGCAACUCGGACAGUCAUGUAUUACUCCGGCACUCUGUCAGACUAGUCGAUGUUCAUCACCAGUCUUCCAUACAGCACAAUAUGCAACAAAAGUGCAGAAUGUUUUCAGAGAGAUACAUGCUACAGUUCUCUUUAUUUAAACGGUAUAUAUUUUUAGUUUUUUUAUAUUUGUCCACUUAACUAUCCAUCUAUUUAUUUAUUUAUUUAUUAAUUCAUUCAGUCAGUCAUUUAUUUAUUUAUUUUAUUUUAUUUUAUUUUAUUUUAUUUUAUUUAUUUGCUUUCUUGUGUCAUUUUUUACUAGAUUCAAUGUCAACAAAAAUAUAUCAAGAGCUAUUUCACGAUUUUAAUUCUAUUUCGCUUCUCAUUACCUCUCUUUUUCUUUUUUUGCACUCGAGAACGACUUUAAUAGCAGUACUGACAAGUGGCCCUCAUCUUACUUCUCCAAUCAUCUUUGUUUAUAUCGCACGCUUUUCUCUGGUAACUGGAAUGUGUGUGAUGUGAGACGGGUGGGUGACGGCUGAGUGAGCUGGAAACUUUGCAGCAGACGCAUUUUGAGCUGAUCACGCACGGAGACUUCGGCUGACCCAGGAAUAUUCAAUUAAUUAAGAUAACCAAACCCUGACAGGCGCACAUGAUUUCUCUCAUGCACACUGAAUGCUUGCUUAUCCGCUUCAUCUCUUGCUUUUAUGUCCCUUUGACCUGUCUGUCUGCCGCCUCACCUGUUGUGUAGCCAUCAUCACAAGAGAAACUGUACAGAGUUGUUUGCCUCACUGUCCGUGCACACUUUAUGAUUGCUCACCAUCACCAGUUUCAUCUUUCUCAUCACCACAUCACCUUCACUUUCAUUGACCCAACUCUGGCUAAGAUUGUAAACUAUUCUCCAUUCAUAAGGGUCAGUAGAAUAAGGUGUUUAAAAAAAGAAAUGUCUGUAUCAUAAUUUAAAUAUAAAAAGUGCACUAUUAUAACUAUUGCCUGUGAUAAAAAGAACAAUUAUGAUUGAAGUGAUGGUCAAAAUAAAGAGAGAUCCACCUUAUUGUUAUGGUUACAAUAAUAAACCCUAAAUUCAUG